CUCUCGAAAAUUCGAUAUCAUCUACUCCAUUUCAGGAGUUUUUCAGAACCCUAGUUUUUUGACUGGUGAACCAAUGAGUGACUGUCCUUCAAAAUUUCAAUUCAAUGGAUCCAUACUAUGAACAGAGAUUGAUAGACGAGGUCCAAUACCUCCACUCCCUCUGGCACCAGGGCCCUCCCUCAAACCCUAUCCCUAACCCCAAUCACAAUUCUUCAAUUCACGUCCAACAACUCAACAAUGGAAACACGAAGCGUAGACCCAGACCCAAAAAUCCCAACAAAAACCCUCAAUCUGACCCAAUCCUCCCCAAACCUUCCAAUUUCAGACCGUCGAAGAGGCAAAGGAUGAGGUUCAAAAGCAGAACCAAAAUGGUUCAGAAAAAGACUCCGGAGACCCAAGAACAAGCCCGGUUCGCCGCAACCCAAGUCCACCAAAAGGCAUUGAAGGCUGCCCAAGAGUUUUUUGCGGGUGAUGUGGAUAGUGAUGAGGAAGCUAGUGGUACUAGUAUUGGAGAUGGGUAUGAAGAAUAUAAGUUCUUUUUCAAGUUGUUUAUUGAGGAUAGUGAAUUGAGGGUUUACUAUGAGAGGAAUCAUGAUGUGGGUGAUUUUUGUUGCUUGGUGUGUUGUGGUGUUGGUGAAAAUGUGGGGAUGAGGUUUAAGCAAUGUGCAGGUCUUGUUCAGCAUUCAAUGGAGACAGGGAAGGUGAAGAAGAAGCGAGGACACCGAGCUUUUGGGCGGGUUGUUUGUAAAGUUCUUGGUUGGGAUAUUGAUAUGUUUCCAAGUACUAAUCUCCUCGUCCGCACCUCGGCUAAACCCGAGUGUCAGGAGGAAGAGUUGAACAAUUUUGGAGUUGCUGCUACGACAAAUGUUAUUAGUGAUAAUGGGAUGUUUUGCAAGGAUAUUUAAUUGUUAGUUAAAUGUUUUAGGAGUAAUAUGGAGUUUUGGGUUUGUGAUAUUGAAAUUUAAGACAAGGUAUACGUUAAUUGUCGUAGAUCAUGUAUUUUUGUAAUUAUAUAAAGAAGAUUGUCUAGCCAUGGACCAUUUUAUGUCUUUGAUUUGAUAUCUUGUAUUUAUUUAUUUAUUUUUUGACAUUACAAAUAGUCAGAUAGUAUGAGUGAGCUUAACUAUCUGUAAAGGGGUAUGACAGAUAUUAUUCAACUUGAAUCCUGGCUUGUAGGACCGCUGUCAUACUCUGUCCAACUUCUUGUCACCUCUAUUUUCUACUCAUUACAUCCCCUUGUGUUUGUUAUGUUGAACUUCACUGUCAAUACCAAUCUUACCUGCUGUUUCUGAGCAUGAUUGUGCCCGAUUUUGAGUACACUAUGACUGUCUUUUUUAUAUAGAGCACCCCAAGACAUCCAUGAAAGAUGUAGUUUAUGUCUCUUUUCUUCCUUGAAAAAAAGGCAAAGGGUAACUGUCUAUCUGCAGGGGAACUUUUUGAUACUAAUGAAAUUAGGGGGGG